AUUUAGAAGGAAUCAUUUGUGGAGCAUGUUCUCAAUAUAAAGAAGGGGAACCUUUAUAAUAAUAUCCUUAAUAGAAUUAACAAUAAUAUAUCCCAUCAUAUUAUCCACCUCCACCCUUUAUAUAACCACUUUUUGGACCUCCAUAACAUAAUCCAUAAUUUGGAAUGAUUCCUCCUUAAAUGCCUCCAUAUUAAGGAUAAUUUGGAUUUGGUCAUCCUCCUCAUCAUUUGUUUGGUGGUUUUCAUCAUCAUCAUCAUCACAUGAAAUUGCUUAAAUUAAGAGAAAUUAUGAAGAAUCCUUAACUUAAAUAACAAAAAGAGAAAUUAUAAUAGUUGUUAAAGGAAGUGAGUUAGACAAUAAAAAAAUACAAUAGGAAAUUAGUAGUAAUAAUAGUAUUAUUAGUAUAAUUACUGAUCAAUUCUAUAGAUAUUAGUAACAAUGGCAAUGGAGUGAUUUAGAUGAAUAAAGGGCAGCAAAUGUAGCAGAAGUCUUAUAAUGCAAUUAAGAAUAAGCAAGAGAAUAUUUGAUGAAAUUCAGAGAUCUAACAUUAGAUCAAAUUGUUAUGAUGGUAGAAAAUGCAGAAUGA